AUGGAGGAGGAAAUCGGGUACUGGAAACAAAAUUUAUAUUUGCUUCAGGAGGCUGCUCCUCGUCCGUUCUCUGUAAAAUGUUCUUUUCCACCCAGAUCUAUACCUCAUCAGUAUGGAAAUGAAUUUCAUGGUUUGAUUGAUCGAGAAGUCGCAGAAAACAUGUUGCUAGAAGCUGGUGAAGGAGCUUUUCUUGUUCGUGCAUCGAAGCGUUCUCCUGGUGCUAAUACUUUAUGCAUGUUUUUUGAUGGGCGUGUACUAAAUUACAAGCUCUUUUAUGAUGGUAUGCAUUACGUUGGCGAGAAAAGAUUCGAACAUUUGGAAGAUUUGGUCGCAGAUGGAUUGAUAACAAUGCAUAUGGAAAAACAUGCUAAUGAUUAUAUACAACGUAUGGCUGAUGAAGCAAUUUAUGAACAGAGUCCCUAUUCUCAGUAUCAAAAAGCAACCGAUUGUCGGCGACAGCCGUGUGCACGAUGUCAUAAUUUCACACCUGCUACAUUCCGAAUCCCGCAUUAUUGCGAUUAUUGUCGCAAUUUUAUGUGGGGUCUUGUUCAGCAAGGUGUAAAAUGUGAGGAUUGCGGUUUUUGUGCUCAUAAAAAAUGUAGCGAAAGAACUAUACAUGAUUGUCGGCCAGAAGCGAAAUAUGUGAAAAGGAUGUUUGCUGUAGAUAUUAGUACAUUAUGCAUGGCACAUGGUGUAAAAAUCCCACCUGUCGUUUCGGCUUGUAUCACAGAAAUUGAACGACGUGGCUUGCAUGUAGAAGGAAUUUACAGAGUAUCUGGCUCUCAUGAACAAAUGGAAAGGUUACGCAGGCAAUUUGAUACUUUGCAUAAGGUUGAUCUCUCAGCAGUUGAAGAUAUCCAUACUGUAGCCGGCCUUCUAAAGCUGUAUUUACGGCUUCUACCCCAACAGCUUGUACCAUUUUCUGUAUAUCGAUUCUUACUCACGGCUUAUACAAAUAAUCGAGCUUUUCAUGAACGGUCGAAAAUUUACAGAAAGGCUCUGAAAGAACUUAAUGAAGCCAAUGGUCGGACGUUGUUAGCAAUAUUGAUGCAUAUGCAAACAGUGGCUUGUAAUUGCACGGACAAUAAAAUGAGUAUCGAAAACUUAGCUACCAUUUUUUCUCCCACAUUGUUCUGCACAGGAUCUGUUCCAGCACUACCACAACAGCAACACCAACUCCUUCACUUUCUUAUUCAAAAUCCUAGAAUUGUUCCUUUUUCAUUGUCAUAA